AUGACCCCUUUCAGUGAGAAGGUUCCAAUGAUAACCCGUGGUGAACACCAAGGCCGCCCACGGAUAGAUAGUGUCGGUUACCAAGAAAUACGUUGCGUUCGGGUCGGAUCGAAACAUUUUCCCGACAAAUUCGUCAACAUGGCCCAUGAAAUCGCGCAAUAUGGUAUUCCAAUACUCCACAAAGUGGAGCUCCCGAUCGUAUUCCAAAGGCAAACCAUCAGUAAUAGUCGUGUAGCGAAUGUCGAGUCCCGACUCUCGGGAUUUGGAAAAGGGAUCGGCUUUAGUGUUGCCGUUAGUGUUGGUGUGGGAUUUGGACAAUCGUUGGUCAACAAAUUCGAGAUGAGCGAAAGUUAUGCUCUUUAUCCUCUCGGCAAUCGAAUUCCGAUCAACCAAAAUCCCUUCACACAAACUAAUCCCGAUCUUCCAAUCAUCGACCACCAACUUCCUAUUAUUAAGUUGAUCGAAUGCUAUCGGGUAACAUAUCAUGGGCACGCCACACCAUAUGCUCUCCACAGUCGAAUUCCAACCACAGUGCGUGAGAAAUCCACCGAUCGCAGGGUUCAAAAGAACCCUAAUUUGAUCACACCAUGGGACCACCAACCCUUUAUCCUUAGCCUCGUUUUCGAACCCAAAGGGCAAGGCAUUAGCAUCAAGAGUGUCGAGGAUACCUUCUCGAAUAGCCCAUAUGAAGCCAUAAGCUAUUUCUUCAAUAGUCUCCUUGCUAGUGUGAACAAAGCUACCAAACGAGACGUAAAGAACCGAGCCAGGAGACUUGGACUCGAGCCACCGAGUGCAUCGCGCAAUAUGAUCUCCCAAUACUCGUCAAAGCGGAGUUCACGGUCGAAUUCCAAUGCGUAUGUCGGGACCCGACUAUCGGGCUUUGGAAAACGGGUCGGGUUUAGUAGUGCCGUUAGUGUUGGUGUGGACUUUGGACAGCUGAUGGUCAACGAAUUCGAGAUGAGCGAAAGUUACGGUAAAGCCCUUGGAGGCGAGCUUGAGGGCAAGAUUUAUGAAGGGGUUAAUGUGUCCUUGUCAUCAGCUGUGCCUAUCCAAAGGGACAAACUCAGGCGGUUGCACUUGGAGGCAAUUCUUGCAGACCACGAAAAAUGA